GUUAAGGGUGGCCUGUUGAGCCCAGCACUCUCCAAAAAGUGGCCACUAUAUAUGAGGUAGAUGGCCCACUCCUGCAGUGGCAGGGCCAUGAGUAGAGAGGGGUAACUCUCGUGCUAAAACAAAACUUGAGACCGACACAGAAACAACUGGCCCACAAAGCUCACAGUCUGUCUACCGCCAAAGCCAAUGGCUCCCCCAGGCUGCCCAAUGCAGUCUUCUCUCCCCUUGAGACUACUGGUUUGUGUGAGGUAGCGAGGGAGGGGCUGUGUGGUUGGUCUAGGCCACACCCUCUGAGGAGAUGCUGAUAAAAAGGGAAAGCUGAGCAAGCUUCCUCAAAUCAUAUGUAACACCCUACCCAUCCCUUGCUUUGGCUUAAACAUUUCUGGUGAAGAACAUCAGAUCUUCUAGGGAGUAAAAGGAAGUUGGAAGAUAUAUCACCCAAAGAAAAACUGAGAAACUUGCCAUUAUUUUGGAGACAGCAAGAAAAGAACAUCUCAGAACUGGGGCCUCAUCCUUUGAUUUUUUUAACACAAGAGAAAAAGAGCAAUUGUUCUUCAGCAGCAACAGCCAUGGAUCACGCAGCAAAGUGGAAAACACCACUACUGAAGCACCCAUAUCCCAAGCUCUUUCCGCUCUUGAUGCUAGCUAGUCUUUUUUACUUCUGUUCAGGUAUCAUCCAGGUGAACAAGACAGUGGAAGAAGUAGCAGUACUAUCCUGUGAUUACAACAUUUCCACCAAAGAACUGACGGAAAUUCGAAUCUAUUGGCAAAAGGAUGAUGAAAUGGUGUUGGCUGUCAUGUCUGGCAAAGUACAAGUGUGGCCCAAGUACAAGAACCGCACAUUCACUGACGUCACCGAUAACCACUCCAUUGUGAUCAUGGCUCUGCGCCUGUCAGACAAUGGCAAAUACACCUGUAUCGUUCAAAAGAUUGAAAAAGGGUCUUACAAAGUGAAACACCUGACUUCAGUGAUGUUAUUGGUCAGAGCUGACUUCCCUGUCCCUAGUAUAACUGAUCUUGGAAAUCCAUCUCAUAACAUCAAAAGGAUAAUGUGCUUAACUUCUGGAGGUUUUCCAAAGCCUCACCUCUCCUGGUUGGAAAAUGAAGAAGAAUUAAAUGCCAUCAACACAACAGUUUCCCAAGAUCCUGAAACUGAGCUCUACACUAUUAGCAGUGAACUGGAUUUCAAUAUGACAAACAACCAUAGCUUCCUGUGUCUUGUCAAGUAUGGAAACUUAAUAGUAUCACAGAUCUUCAACUGGCAAAAAUCAGAGCCACAGCCCUCUAAUAAUCAGCUCAGGAUCAUUAUCCUGAGCUCAGUAGUAAGUGGGAUUGCUGUGAUCACUGCACUUACCUUAAGAUGCCUAGUCCACAGUAAGUACUAUCGUACUAUCAUUCUGACCUUGAUUCCUGGAAGCCCAAACUCCAUCAGUAUGGGUCAGCGUCUCUCUGAGGUUUUAGCCUCGGUUAUAGCCUCCUCCCUUUUUAUGGAAACUUUAGUGUCUCAUUUACAUGUCUCACCAAGUUCUGUUCAUCCACUCGACAGACGUUUCUUGGACACCUACUAUGUGCCCCGUUCUCUACUAGGCACUGGAGUGACGAGUAUGAGCAAUCACUCCCCUCAAGACACAUUCUAGUUUAGUCCUUUUAUUUUCCCCCCUAACUUUAUAUUUUCAUGGAGACGCUGAGGCCUGCUAACUAAUUUGAAAACAUCUCUGAUGCAAAGUGAUAUUCUAAUCUUUGAUUUUUAAUUGGAGAAAAGUCAGAAUGCCAAGGUUUGGGGCUAAGACUCAUCCCACAGGUAGGAUAAAAAGGUCUGGUGGGCUCAAGGAUGAUUUUGAUACAGACUGCCCAGCCUUACCCCUCUAGUUCAGGAUUUCCCAUUCUUAAUACUACUGACAUUUGGGGCCAGAUAAUUCUUUGUUUUAGGGUUCUGUUCUGUGCAUUGUAGCAUAUUUAGCAGCAUCUCUAGGCUCUACUCACUAUAUGCCAGUAGCACCCCUGCCCCAGUUGUGACAACCAAAAAUGUCCCUAUUACAUUAUAAAUGUUCCGGGGAAGGUGUGGGGGGAGGGGGUGGUUAGAAAUCUCCCUGGUUUAAGAACCACUGACCUAGUUCUAACCCAGCAAAGGCUUGCUGAGAUAUAUGGGCACCAUUUAAGGGAAACUAACCUAUCUAAACCUUUAUUGU